CCGCCCCUUCCCCCUGGGCUUGACCCCUGACCGCUGCGCUGUGUAGCAGACAGACACAGUGAGCGGCUCCGGGGCGGCCGCCGGCUGUCUGAGGAGGAGAGCGCCCCCUGCAGGCGUGAUGCACUGACAGGACAACUUACCUCUACUUCUCGAGCGCUCCAUAUCGUCACACCGGAGAAAAUGCCGAAGAAAUACAGUCAAGUUUGGAUCGACAAGAUUCUCGCGAUGACCAAAAAGGGACACCGUGUUCACGAAAUUCAUACGUGGCUGCGCAACUGCGGGGUGCCCAUGAGCAAGCACAGCGUGUGGUACUACGCAAAAGGUCUGCAAAAACCCCGACAUUUUACUCGUCCAAAAACCACCCUAGAAGUGAGAAACCUAAUCCACGAACUGACCUGUGAAGAUGAUGAAACGUGUGCCCGAGACAUAAGGAGGAUCCUAAAGGACAAAUAUGACGUCGAGAUAUCGGAGAGCAGCAUAAGAACUGUGAGACGGCAAAUGGGCUGGAGCUAUGGAAGGCCCAGAACGAGUCGUAUGAUAAGAGAUGGCAGCAAGGUCAAAAGGAAAUUCCAGGCCAAGGCGAGAAUGGAAAAGAACCAGCAGUUUAACGAUGAGACGUCAGAGGCUUCUCUGCCGAUUGGCACUAACAAGAUGAAGGCCACAACAAACAGGAAGGUCUUGGUCAGAAAGGAGAACCUGCCUAAUUCUGCAAGCAAACGUAAGGCAAAGGUAAAAUCCAUAACCCUUCAUCGCACAGACCCCAGUCUUCUGGAAACUACAGAGUACACCGCUUGGAGUACUAAUGUCACUGAGGUACCUGUUACUCAUGAACUCUUACCGCAUAGCACAGAAAAAGUCAUCUCUGAUGAUGGACCCUUCCCACCAGCUCCCCCCAUUGCUCCUCACAUACAUACAGGUCAUCAGAUGAAGUCCGGCAGGAAUUUACUGGCAGGUGAUGAAGCGAUCACUGGUGUCCAACCUUCCACAAAUCAGAAUAUGUGUUCAGCUCCUAACGGAAGUCACCAUGGCCCGAAUUUCAACCCUUCUCCCAUUGUGCUCCCCUCCCAGCCCUUUGGCACAUGCAGAUGUGGGGCCCAAGAGAGACUAGAGACAAUGGAAAUGGAGCUCAAGGAAAUUAAGGAGGCUAUUUCAUCCAUGAGCCAAAUGGUGGAAGAAACUGUAAACAGGGCAAUGUCCUCUGUGAGUGAAGUGGUGGAGAAAGCCGUAGAGAAAGCCCUCUGCACCAUGAACCUAGUGGUGCCCCACGAUGUCAACACAUUUGAUUAUUCACCUCCAUUACAGGACACAAACCAGAGUUAUCCUGAACCCAGUGUCAAGGAGGAACCAGAGGACUAUGUCAACGAAUCAAGCACCAGCGCCUCCGAAAAUGGUCAGUAUCUCUGCGGUAUCCCGUGUGCUGCAGAAAGUACAGUUCCCCUGGCGGUCGUUGCCCCCGUUUCCGACUUUACCCUUCCGGUCGUGGACUCCUCAACGCUUGACCGCCUUCAUGAAACGGCUCGUAAUGAACCCCACCGGUUUGCCCAGUUACUUUUCCAAGAACUUGUCCCAUAUGAUGUCUACAAGACGUGGACACAUACGGUAAACUAUGACGGCUCCAGGGGGAAGCGGGCACUGCCAGAAAACCUAAGAAACGCGAUCGUUCAGGAAACGCAGAAAUAUUAUUUUAUCACCACAGAAAUCGCCAAAAAAAUAAAGGACACACUGAACGCUUUCCUGAGGAUGCCGAGAGCCAGCCGCUGGUGAACGCCUGCAGCGGAGAGGGGCGGCCGAACUGUGCCCUCCUUCUGUUACAGGGUAACCAGGAUUGUUUUAUACCGAAGUGACUGGAAAAUCCUGAAUUCUUUAUUUUUUAAGUAAGAUUUUAUUAUUAUUAAUAGUUCAUUAUUGUUGAUUAUUACAGAGUGAAAGCUUCAAAAUGAAUAAAAGCCCCGUUCUAGGAAAAAA